AUGUCCGCCACCACCACCUCCGACCCCCGGCGCUACGCCUACCUCGUCGGCAUCGGGGUAACUCACUCCAUCGCGCCCCCGAUGCACACCUACGCCUUCAACAGCAUGGGCUACCCAUGGACCUUCAUCGCGCAAGAGUGCCCGACCGUCGAGGACGCCAUGACACUCUUCCGUCAGCCCACCUUCGCCGGUGGUGUGGUAACCAUGCCCUACAAGCGCACCAUUAUGGAGCAUCUCGACGGGCUAGACGAGUACGCUGUGCGCCUCCAAGCGUGCAAUAAUGUCUAUCGCGCAGAAGAUGGCACGCUACGUGGAACAAACACGGAUUGGCGUGGAAUCAAGGGAUGCUUGCUAUCUGCCGACCCAGAGGAGAAAGGGAGGGGUAAGGCCGCGGUAAUUGUGGGCGCUGGGGGAGCGUGUCGCGCGGCGGUGUAUGCGCUGUAUGCGGAGUUGGGAUGUACGCCUAUUUAUGUGGUGAAUCGGGAUGAGGAAGAGGUUAGGGUGUUGAGGGAGGAUACUGAGAAGGAGUAUGGGGAGGGGUUGAAGAUGGUUCAUGUUGAGAGGAUGGAGCAGGUUGCGGGUUUGUUGGAGAAUGCGGCGCCAGGGUAUAUCGUUGGGACGGUUCCUGAUGCGGAGCCGGUGACAGCGGAGGAGAAGGAAGUGCAUCGCAUUGUGGAGGCGUUUUUGGAUGCUCCUACUAAGGGGGUGUUGCUGGAUAUGUGCUUCAAGCCGAGACAGACGAGGUUUCUGAAGAUGGCGCGACAGCGUGGAAAGCAUAUAAAUCUCUCCCAAAUUGCUCAGGCCGGCUUCCAAGGAGUGGAGAUUUUCUACGAAGACCUGGAAUACCUUGCCAAAGAAAAGGGACAACCGACAGAAGAGAAUCUCCUAGCUGCCGCCCGAGAAACCAAGAACAUUUGUAAUCAUCACGGCCUGGAAGUGAUUGGCUUACAGCCGUUCAUGUUUUAUGAGGGCCUGCUGGAUCGAGAUGUCCACCAACAGAAAAUCGCCAAACUUCACACCUGGUUCAAGAUUAUCAAGAUCCUCGGCACCGAUAUCAUCCAAAUUCCGUCGAACUUUCAGCCCGAUGGCAUCUCAGGAGACCUUGAUCUUAUCGUCUCCGACAUGAUCGAGGUGGCCGAUCUGGGCCUGAAGCAAGAGCCGCCAGUUCGCUUCGCAUACGAGAGUCUCGCCUGGGGUACCUAUGUUUCAACAUGGGACACUAUGUGGGAAAUCAUUCAGCGGGUGGAUCGUCCUAAUUUUGGAUGUUGUCUAGAUACCUUCAACAUCGCCGGUCGGGUGUGGGCCGAUCCCGCAAGUCCUUCGGGGAAGGUCCCUGACGCAGAUGCUGUGCUGGCCCAUUCGUUGGAUCACCUUGUCAAGACCAUCGACGUGAAAAAGGUCUUUUAUGUCCAAGUUGUUGAUGCAGAAAAAAUGGAGCAACCAUUGGUCCCCGGCCAUCCGUUCCACGUCGACGGCCAGCCGGCACGCAUGAACUGGAGCCGCAACGCGAGAUUGUUCCUGUAUGAACAGGACAAGGGUGGCUAUCUCCCUGUAGUCGAGGUGGCGCGAGUAAUUCUGAAGGAGCUCGGAUUCGAAGGAUGGGUGUCAAUGGAAUUGUUCUCCAGAACCAUGGCAGAUCCGGAUCCGAGCGUGCCACAGAGUCAUUCCCAGCGAGGUAUCCGAGCCUGGCAACAGUUGGCCAAGGAGUUGGAUCUAUAA